UAGUGAAAGAACUGUACGAUAUAUUUUUGAAGAUCUGCUAGGCAAGAAAUUUCCAUUCUGUAGACCAUCAUUUUUGGAUGAGAUGCAUUUAGAUGGUUAUAACGAGGAAUUAAAAUUGGCUUUUGAAUACCAGGGAUCUUAA